ACGCCCGGCCCGGAAGAGCUCGCUCCCAAGACCCCCGGGUGACGGGGUCGGGAGCUGCUGCCUGGAACGAGCGCGGAGGUCGCGGGGGUCCCUGCGGUUUCUCGCUCCUUGCAUUAACCGCCAUGGCCUGGACCAAAUACCAGCUGUUCCUGGCCGGGCUCAUGCUCGUCACCGGCUCCAUCAACACGCUCUCGGCCAAGUGGGCAGAUAACUUCAUGGCCCCGGGCUGCGGAGGGAGCAGGGAACACAGCUUCCAGCAUCCCUUCCUCCAGGCAGUGGGCAUGUUCCUGGGAGAGUUCUCCUGCCUGGCUGCCUUCUACCUGCUCCGGUGCAGAGCUGCGAGGCACCCGGAGGGCAGCAUGGAUCCCCAGCAGCCUUUCAAUCCCCUUCUUUUCCUGCCCCCAGCCCUCUGCGACAUGACGGGUACCAGCAUCAUGUAUGUGGCCUUGAACAUGACCAGUGCAUCCAGCUUCCAGAUGCUGCGGGGAGCAGUGAUCAUAUUCACGGGCCUGUUCUCGGUGGCCUUCCUGGGGCGGAGGCUGGCGCUGAGCCAGUGGCUGGGCAUUCUCGCCACCAUCGCGGGACUGGUGGUUGUGGGCCUGGCUGACCUUCUGAGCAAGCAUGAUGAUCAGCACAAGCUCAGUGAAGUGAUCACAGGGGACCUGUUGAUCAUCAUGGCCCAGAUCAUCGUCUCCAUUCAGAUGGUGCUAGAGGAGAAGUUCGUCUACAGGCACAAUGUGCACCCGCUUCGGGCAGUUGGCACUGAGGGCCUCUUCGGCUUCGUGAUCCUCUCCCUGCUGCUGGUGCCCAUGUACUACAUCCCUGCCGGCUCCUUCAGUGGGAACCCCCGGGGGGUGCUGGAGGACACGCUGGAUGCCUUCUGCCAGGUGGGCCGACAGCCACUCAUCGCCCUGGCGCUGCUGGGCAACAUCAGCAGCAUCGCCUUCUUCAACUUCGCGGGCAUCAGCGUCACCAAAGAACUGAGCGCCACCACCCGCAUGGUGCUGGACAGCCUGCGUACCAUCGUCAUCUGGGCCCUGAGCCUGGCCCUGGGCUGGGAGGCCUUCCACCCGCUGCAGAUCCUGGGCUUCCUCAUCCUCCUGAUGGGCACCGCCCUCUACAAUGGGUUGCACCGGCCGCUGCUGACCCGCCUGUCCCGGGGCCGGCCCCCAGCGGAGGAGAGCGAGCAUGAGAGGCUGCUCGGCGGCUCUCGGACUCCCAUCAACGAUGCCAGCUGAGCCUCCUGGGGGCUCUCUGCUGCUACCUGGAUGCGCCCCAUCCACCGUAAGGUUGAGGCCACACAGUCUGGUGAGCCUCCAGUGCCCUGUCCCCAAGGCCUCACCGUGCCCCUCCCCGCAGACCUCUGGGGCAGCUGCUGCCACAGAAGACGACCGGACACCCAGGUCCUCCUUUGUCACCACCUGCUGCAUCCCCCACGGACCUGAGUGCAGUGACCUACCCCUGGCAGGCUCCCCCCAAUGCCCCCCCACCCCCGCAGCCCUAACACUAAAUCAUGACGUGGGAUUGCAGGAACUAACAACCCUAAGAUUUCCUCCUCAACCAUAAGCUAAAUUUGGUUCUCCAAAGAAGAGAGGUCAGUGAGCCAAUUCGAACCAGAACUAAGCGCCAUCUUUUCUAAAAUGUGUAAACUAUUUCCUAACCCUGUCUGGAGACUUCAGUUUUAGCUGGGCUGUCCCAUAAACUCAGCAGAGUUCCCCCAGCCCAUCACCUCGUUACUCUGGGCCUCAGUGUCCUCUAGAAAGCAGCGGGUGUAGACGCUGUGGCUUUGGUGCCUUCCAGACCCAGCUGGGCCCAUUCUGGCAGAAAGGAGUAAUAGCCACCCCUUCUUUGGAAUUGCACCUCCGCCCCCUGCCAGUCUUUGUGUCCUUGGCCAUAGGCUCAAGGCCUCCCUGCCUGGCAGAGAUUAGGAGGGGAAUUCCAGGCAGCCCUUAAUAGCAGCUUUUAUGAACUCCUCACCUUCCCUUUUAAAGAUGAGAAAACUGAGGCCCAGAGACGUGAGUUGCUUGGCAAAGGGCUCUCCUGCUGUGACUUGAGCCGAGCCGUGCAGCCACAUGAGACGUGAUCCCAUCGGCAACAGGCUGGGAUCUAGAGCACAGGGGCCUCAGCAACCUGACUCCAUCGAUUACCCUCCAGGGUGAUGAAUUUACCAGGACUCCGCCAUUUAGAGUAACUCUGGUAUCCUAGGCAUGUGCUAAAGGCUUAACUUUUUGUACAACAGCCUGACCAGUGGGUGCAGAGGAGGAAACUACGGCCCAGAGAGGGUUAGGUGACUUCCUCAGGGAGCCAGCUUUCCAAGGGAGGUUUGCCUGAUUCCAGACCUGCAGCCCCACCCACCGUAGUGGUCUGUCUGAGGUCUUUAAGGUAAAUUUCCCAGGGCUGGGGUAGAAGCCUCCUUCAGUGUUGUCUUCCCUGUGACCCCACCCUGAAGGGAGGGGACUGGCACUGGGGAUGCCAGGAAGCUGAGCAGCCCUUCAUCGCGGAGUUCCUCACUCUGAGGCAGUUUCUGGAACCUCAGACCAUUUUUCCGGGCAGCUCCAUCAUAAAAGAAAACACCAAAUGCCUUCCUUAAAAUAGAUUCUGGGGGAAGGGAUCUUUGACGAGCAAAGCCUUCAGGCUGUGUGGGAAUCAGCAGGUUAUGACGGUUUGCUGGGAGAGGAGGGACUCUCCCUACCAGCAGCUCCGAGUCCCAGGGGCCCCUGAGCUUCUGUUUGUGUCAGAGAGUGAGUGUGGGGGACUCCAGCUGCCCUGUCCAAAAAUCUGGGGCCUUAGAAUGUUGUUUUAGGCUUUAUUUUUAAAAACAAAAGGGAAAUGGACAAUGUGGGCUCUUCAUUUUUUUUUUAAUGAGAGGGAAGGAGCGCAAGAGUUAAACGUCAGGCCUGCCCCUGCCUCAGGCAGAUCACUUUACCUCUGGAUCUUGGGUCUUCACACCCCCCAGAUAGGAAAACUGGCCUCCAUCUCGCAGAAUGAGCAUGAAAAUUACGUGAGAUAAUAAAUUGAAGGUGCCUGAAAAUUGUCAACGCCCAGUGGAGCAUCGUGUAAGGCACUGCCCACCAGGGUGGUCCGCCAAGGGCACAGAAGGCCCAGCAGAGGCCCAGCGCAGAGCAUCGGUUUUGCUCAGAGGGGAAGAAAUGUUUUAUUAAAAUUUAACAUCAUGGAGGACAAUGUAAAAUUUA